AUGUCAUUCACCCCUCCCAACACUCAGGGCAUUCGCUCAAUCAACAUCAACAACCCCACCUCGUCUCCGCCGCACCCAACCGAGGUGCUCUAUGUCGACAUCUACACCGACCGCAUCACAAAGGAAAAGUUCAUUCUCUGGGAAGAUGUCCGUCUGGUCUUCCACAACGCCCUUCAUGUCCGACACAAAGCAAGGGUGGUUCCGUUUAUGAAAGACGACGACUUCAACACGAUAAAGCCGCUUCGAAUUGCUGUCAUUCCCGGCGAAAUACUGGACAUUAUCGUAGGCAACCUACAGGACAGUACUCCUCAGCAGCAACCAUCAGUUCUCGGGCAGAUUGAACAACAAGCAGCGCGGCUCCCGAUGCACAAUCCAUUCUCAACAAUGCGGCCAAUAUCCCCUACCCACCCAUCAACCUCGGUUCUCAAUCCUCGCUUUAGACCAUCAGGAAACAAUCUUACCCACGCCGAAAUCACAAGGCAACAACUCGGCGAAGCAGCUGUUCGGGCCCGUAACAAAGAGCUCGCGCACAAAUACGCCAAAGAAGCGAUGACCAAGAUUGCAGACAUGAUGGAUCUCGACACGCUGCACACAAAGGGCGAUGCUGGUCCUGCUGACUUUUGGAAGGCUCUGAAGUGUUACCUGAAGGCUGUCCAUCAGAGUCACGCGCAUGCUCAGGUCCAAGUCGGCGACCUCUUUUUUGAAGGUCAGGAUGUUUCCAAGAAUUCAUUUGUCGCGAUGGGAUGGUAUCAUAAAGCAGCAUUUCAAGGAGACACCAACGCUCAGCGAAAAGUUGAGGUCCUUCGACUCUCUGAACUUCUAAUGACAGCGGCACCCGAGACACCCACGAGCAGCAUACUCAAGGCCCAACACAACAGUAGCAAAACGUCCGUUACCCAACCUUCCAGCGACGACAACGAACCGCAAAUGUCCAAGGAGAUCCCCCCUCUUACCAAUGAGGCCUCUGCUCUCGCCGACAUCUCCCUUCCAACAAAGCAUGUUGUCAGUCAGAGUGACAUUGACGCUCAGGUUGCUCUUGGAGACAACUAUAUGGACAGCCAGGACUACCAAGCUGCCAUGGAAUGCUACCUCAAGGCUGCCAACCAAGGUUUUGUUGACGCCCAGAUCAAAAUCGGCUUUAUGUACGAUGAAGGCAAAGGCGUUCCCCAGGACUUUGUCAAAGCAGCGGAGUGGUUCCGCAUGGCCGCCGAUCAAGGGGACGCAGACGCUCAGGUCAACAUCGGUAUCAUGUACGACGUAGGCAAAAGCAUUCCCCAGGACUUUGCCAAAGCGAUGGAGUGGUUCCGCAAGGCCGCCGAUCAAGGACUCGCAAAAGCUCAGUACAACAUCGGUGUCAUGUACUACAAUGGCAAUGGCGUUCCCCUGGACUUUGCCAAAGUGAUGGAGUGGUUCCGCAUGGCCGCCGAUCGAGGACACGCAAAGGCUCAGUACAACAUCGGUGUCAUGUACGAUAAAGGCAAAGGUGUUUCCCAGGACUUUGCCAAAGCGAUGGAGUGGUACCGCAUGGCCGCCGAUCAAGGACACGCAGACGCUCAGUACGACAUCGGUGUCAUGUACUACAAUGGCAAUGGCGUUCCCCUGGACUUUGCCAAAGUGAUGGAGUGGUUCCGCAUGGCCGCCGAUCGAGGACACGCAAAGGCUCAGUACAACAUCGGUGUCAUGUACAACGAAGGCAAAGGCGUUCCCCAGGACUUUGCCAAAGCGAUGGAGUGGUACCGCAUGGCCGCCGAUCAAGGACACGCAUACCCUCAAUACACAAUCGGCCUUAUGUACGACGAAGACAAAGGCGUUCCCCAGGACUUUGCCAAAGCGAUGGAGUGGUACCGCAUGGCCGCCGAUCAAGGACACGCAAAGGCUCAGUACAGCAUCGGUGUCAUGUACAACGUAGGCAAAGGCGUUCCUCAGGACUAUGCCAAAGCGAUGGAGUGGUUCCGCAUGGCCGCCGAUCAAGGACACGUAGAUGCUCAGUACAACAUCGGUGUUAUAUACAACGUAGGCAAUGGCGUUCCCCAGGACUUUGUCAAAGCGAUGGAGUGGUUCCGCAUGGCCGCCGAUCAAGGACACGCGUACGCUCAAUACACAAUCGGCCGUAUGUACUUCGAAGGCAAAGGCGUUCCCCAGGACCUUGCCAAAGCGAUGGAGUGGUUCCGCAUGGCCGCCGAUCAAGGACACGCAGACGCUCAGUUCGACAUCGGUGUCAUGUACGAAAUAUUCAAAGGCGCUCCCCAGGACUUUGCCAAAGCGAUGGAGUGGUACCGCAAGGCCGCCGAUCAAGGAAACGCAGACGCUCAGUACACAAUCGGUGUCAUGUACCUCGAAGGCAAUGGCGUUCCCCAGGACUUUGCCAAAUCGAUGGAGUGGUUCCGCAUGGUCGCCGAUCAAGGACACGCGGACGCUCAGGUCAACAUCGGUAUCAUGUACGACGUAGGCAAUGGCGUUCCCCAGGACUUUGCCAAAGCGAUGGAGUGGUACCGCAAGGCCGCCGAUCAAGGACUCGCAAAAGCUCAGUACAACAUCGGUGUCAUGUACGACGUAGGCAAAGGCGUUCCCCAGGACUUUGCCAAAGCGAUGGAGUGGUACCGCAUGGCCGCCGAUCAAGGAAACGCAAACGCUCAGGUCAACAUCGGUGUCAUGUAUUAUGAAAGCCAAGGUGUGACCAAGAAUGACUCGGAAGCCAUGAAGUGGUUCCAAAAAGCGGCUGACCAGGGGCACCCGAAUGCACAAAAAUGGCUGAAGAAGUUGUCUACCAGUGCCAGGUCGACCAAAGUGAAGGGGUUUCUUAGCAGGGUGUUCAAUUGA